AUGGUCGACAAGAAGAGCGAUAAAGUGGAGAAGAAAGUGGAAACAUUUUUCCAAACCCGAUGGAGUGCAACAAAGGAUCAGGUGUAUGGUCUAUUUUUAGACUUCAACAAACCACUAAGUGCAGACGACGAGAAGGAUGUUUUCACAGUCGUUUGCGACGAAGUCGUGGACGGUUACGACGUCACGAACCAAACCCUUCGCAAAUGUUUUUGUAAAAUUCUUAUGAGGAAUUUACGAAAAGUAACGUCGAAAGAUAGUGAAUAUGCCUACAAUGAGCAGACGUGGACUGUUGACGCUAUGGGACAGCUUGUGGCAUGUGAUCUAUUAAACUUGUGGUUAUUAUUAUAUGUAUUGAAAUCUCGCAUAAAUAAGGAGAAUAUUAAAUAUGUAUUCACAGCAAUAACUAGUUUGAACGAGGCAUUUUCUUUUAUGGAAUCUGAGGAUUGUAUAUAUAAAAGCACGUUUUCAGUGAACGAAACGGAGGAAGGUGCUAGUUUCAAGGAUAUCUAUACCUGGUUUCGGAAUCGGGGCAUUAUAGAAAAAAUGGGGGAAAUACAUAGCGGGAAUGCGUGCAGAAGUGGGAGUAGGUCGGAUGACCAGGAUAGUGGACUUCCAGAGACGAAUGUGGAAGAUAUAAGAUCCAAAGUGCAGGAUAUAGCUGAUAAAGUUCUCAAAAAAAUAGAGGAGUUGCAGGAAAUAGUUAACGAAAUUGAACCGGAAGAAGCACCACCCACCCCCGGCUCCGAACCCUCCGGCACGGCGGAAGAGAGUGAAGGAGAGGAAGAGGAAGGGGAGCAUGAAGAUGUGUCUACAUCAGAUGAAAAGGAGGAGACAGUGAAAGAAAAACCACAGGAGGAGGAAGAAGAACCUGAACAGAAACCACGGUCGGACGCCCCUGAGCAGGACCCAGGUCCCAUUCCUGCUCCAGCACCGGUUCCUGCCCAACUCAGGCAGCGGAUAAACCAGCCUAAUCUUACUUCAUAUCUUCCUUUGGCCCCUGCCGUGCUUGGUAUUUCUAUUAUGAGCUACCUCCUUUGGAAGUGUAUAGGAUUUCGCAUUUUAGGUACUUUGGAAUGCUUCGUAAGACAAGAAAACGUUACAGAAGAUCUUAUCAAGUACGUGGUCCAUCCUUACAGGAACAAGUUAUGGAUCAUAUGGACCAACCUGGUCCACCUGAAUAUACCUUAG